AUGCACAUCCCGCUGCUGUUUGUGGCGAUAGGACUGGGCAACGCAGCUACGGUACAGCUCCUCCUUGAUCGCGGCGCGAGGCUGGAUAUACGCUGGGAUGAUAAGGACCCGCUCGAGGCAGCGGUGACGGCGUCGAACUGCGAUGGCGAUACCAUUGACUUGCUCCUGGAGCGUGGUGCGGCGGUUGAGCUGCGUGGGCAUACUAUCCUCCACCGCGCGGCGAUGGGGCGGGCGACGGUGAGGGGGGUGCAUGUGCUUUUUCACCUGCUGGAGCAUGAGCGGGUCAGGGCGCUAGUGAAUACCUGCGUAGAAGGGGUGACAGCGCUGGGCAUGGCGGUGUACGCCGGGAAUGUGUCGGGGGUGCAUGCGCUGUUGCAGGCCGGGGCGGUGGUUGAGUCGGGGGAGGUGUUGGAGCGGUUGGUGGGCAUAGCGGUGGAGGCGGGGCGCCGGCCAAGGACGGCGUCGCCAACGUGGACCGAGCGGGCGCCGGAUGGGGAGGAGCUGUAUCAGUGGCGGGUGGGGAUGGAGGAGAUUGUGCUGGCAUCGGGCGAGGGUGGUCGAGUUGGUGGAGGAGGGGGGAUGCGCAUGUUUGUGGGGGAUCGGGAGAGGCUCACGCCGGGGGCAUUCUUAGAGGAUAUAGAAGGGUUGGAGGAGGCGGGGGAGGAGGAGGAAUAUCUCGAGGAGCUGAGACAGCUGAGGGAGUACGUACAGCGGAGGAUGAUCGAGGAGGGUAUCGCGGAUUCGACUACCCCGGAAGGCCUCGAGCGAUGGCUGGGUGAUCAUCCGGUUUCCCCCAAUGACGACAAAGAGAACAGGAACGCCAUCGCCGACCUGGAAGGGUCACUUCAAAAACUCAAGCUCGAGAGAGAAGAGACGGAGCUCUCCGGCGGCGACGGCACCGAAUCGGUUGCCGAGCGGCAGGCAAAGCUGCGAAAGGCUGUCGAGCUACAGAGACAGCGGCUGGGAGACACCGACCUGGCGACCCUGCGCGCCAUGACGAAUCUGUACGAGUGCCUCGCCAACCAGGGGAAGUUCGACGAAGCAUCCGCGCUACACCAAACCGUCCUCGAGCAACGCCAAGCCCAGCUCCCCCCAGACCAUAUCGAACUAUGGGGGUCUCUGGUCGACAAAACGUACAUGACCUGGGGCCUCGGCAGAGUCCAAGAAGCUAACGACUACGCCCUCGCCCUCUCGCUCAACGCCGUCGACACAUUCGGGGCCCACCACCCCGUCACCAUCAAAGUCGAGACCGCGCGAGCCGGCAUCGAGUCGUCCCUCGGGAACCACGCCGAGGCAGUCCGGAUCCAAGAAGCCGUCCUCGAACUCGACAAGCGCGCCUCCUGUUCCCAACCCAUCUCCGACCCUAAUCCCGACCUGGACUUCCACGAGCCGCUGUUCUAUCUCCGCGCCAGCCUCACCCUCGACUACUGCCGGGCGCACAACCUCCCCGCCGCCACCGAGCUGUCCAACUCUCUGUCCUACCGUCUCGACAUCGCCAAGCCAAAAGAAUUCUUCCACAUCUUUGACACCCUCCUGGGCGUCGCGGCCGGGCUCGAUCUCCACGCGCAGCACGAGGCUUCCGAGCCGAUCCUCACCGCCGUCGUCGAAACCUGCCUCAAGACGCACAGGAACCGCAAGUCGUACGCCACGCAGACCGCGCUGGAGCGGCUGGCCUCGCACUACGGACAGCGCGGCCUAUGGGAGAAGCAGGCGAAGACGCUGGCAACGCUGGUGGACCAGCUCAAGUCCACCGUUGGCCCCGAGCACGCAGACACGAUACAGCAGAAGCGAGGGCUGGCUACGGCGUUGGGGAAGUGUGGGGGUUGGGUCGAGGCGGGUUUGCUUCAGGAGCAGGUGCUAAAGGCUCUUGAGGAGGAGCAGCAGCAGGCUUCCUCCCCCAACAGCACCCCGUCCCCGUCCCAGUCCCUAGAAUUAGAAAUUGCCGCCAUCAAAACUUCCCUCUGCGAGACCCUCCGGCACCAAAACCAGCUCACCAGCUCCGAGUCCCACGGCUGGGACGCCGUGCAUUUCUACCGCGCGGCCCUCGGUGCAGACCACGCGAGGACCCUCUCCGCCGAGUACCAGCUCGGCCUCACCCUCUCCUUCGCCUCCAAACCCACUGAAGCCAUCACCCUCCUCGAGCGGCGCGUCGCCUCCACCGUCCGUACGCACGGCGAGUCGCACAUGCAGACCAGCGUCGCAGCGCAGGCGCUCUGCGGCGCGCUGCUCCGCGCGACACGGCACGCCGAGGCGGAGACGCAGGCGGUGCGGUGCCUAGAGAUUGCGCGCGCCGUCCCCGAGGCUAACGACGAGAUGGUGGGGAUCGCGCUAUAUAUAGUGGCGAUGUGCAAGGCGCGAGGGGGGAUGCGGACGAGGCGCGCGCGCUGCAUGCGGCGUCGCUAG